GCCGUCCAUUUCUGGGUUUCUGCCUCUGCUUUGUGUCAUACACUCAUUAACUAUGGUCCGGACCUUGGCAUUACGAGGUGGCAUCAGGUCUUGGGUAGGUGUACAUGUACACAACAACCCGUGGUGGACCGGUGGGCUACGGUACUUCAAUGCUGAAUCCGACAAAUCUCCACCCAAACGGAUAGCUAUUGUUGGAGCUGGAAUUGGAGGUACUGCAGCAGCUUAUUUUCUGCGACAGCAGUUUGGCAAAUGUGCACAGAUCGAUAUAUUUGAGAAUGGAAAAGUAGGUGGACGGCUAGCUACCACAACAGUCGAAGGCAAUGAGUAUGAGGUUGGUGGCACUGUUAUACAUCCUCGCAAUCUGCACAUGAAAGACUUUAUCAGACAACUUGGUCUAAAAGAACGACAGGUUAAUAUUGGUCGUGUAGGUAUCUAUAAUGGAGAGAAGUUUACCUUUGAGGAGAGCAGUUCAUUUCUUAUUAAUGUUCUCAAACUACAGUGGCGCUAUGGUUUUAACUUAAUCCGAUUAAAGAUAUGGUUGAAUGGUAUACUGGAAAAAUUCUCAAGGAUAUAUCACUAUCAGCAUCAGGAAUAUGCUUUCACAACAGUGGAAGAAUUGCUUCAUGCUCUUGGAGGUGAUGAAUUUAUAAGCAUGACACAGGCUACUGUUGAAGAAGUUCUCCUGAAAGCUGGAUAUUCUCAAAAGUUCAUGGAUGAGAUGGUUACUCCAGUGAUGAGGAUAAACUAUGGUCAGAAUAAAAAUGUCAGCGCAUUUGUCGGUGCAGUGUCACUGGCAGGAGCACAGCCCAAUCUCUGGGCAGUUGAAGGUGGAAAUUGGCUUGUUUGCCAAGGCUUAAUUAAUGCAGCCAGUGCAGAACUUGUUCAGGGCAGAGUGACAGCUGUAGAAUGUCAGAGUCCACCAUCAAGAGCAGAGAAAACUUUUUCCAGCUAUAAGUUGGAUAUUGAGAAAUCUGACUUCUCUUACAGUGUGUAUGAUAUUGUUGUUCUUGCAGCCCCUUUACAUAAGAACAUGGCAAACAUCAGUUUUCAGAACUUCUCUCAUCCAGUUGGUGAUUUCAGUGGCAAGUAUCAUCAGACAGUAGCUACUGUAGUGUAUGGACUGCUGAAUGUGCCUUUUUUUAGUUAUAAAAAUCUCAAUGAAUUCACCUUGAAUGAGAUUUUAACCACAGAAAACCCCAAACUUUUUAUCAGUAGUGUUGGUGCUUUAAGUCCUCUGAAUGUCUCUGUUGAUUGUAAAGUUAAAGUAACUGAACCAGCAGCAUGGAAGGUAUUUUCACCAGAACCACUGACGCAGGAGCAACUGGACUUGCUGUUUGCAUCCUACAGCAGUAAGUCUGAAAGAACUUGGUUGGCAUACCCUCACUAUGCUCCCCCAGAAAUAUUUCCUCCCAUAAUUCUUCACGACAACAUGUACUACCUGAACUCCAUUGAAUGGGCAGCCAGUGCUAUGGAAAUGAGUGCAAUAGCAGCCAGAAAUAUCGCUCUUCUUGCUCAUCAUCGCUGGUACCAAAAGACGGACAAGAUUGACCAAGAGAAUUUGAAAGCUUGAAUGAACUUUCAUUCCAGUGGAGGAUGGAAUAGAAGCUGAAAUGUAUACAAAGUAUUUACUUUGUCACUGAACACGGUAUAGUGGGAGACCUGUUUAUACUAUGAAAUAUUUUGCACUUCUGAGACCAUGUGGAAACUAUACUUAAUCACUAAUGAAUCCUCAGACUGCUUAAAACAAAUGAACUGGAACCCUCUAAAAAUUCUUCCACUAGAUGACACUGUUACUUACUUUAAUACAUCAUUCAUUGACAUACUUAAUAACUUAGCACCUCCCAGAAUUAAAAGAGUUAAAUACAAAACUGCCCCCUGGCUUUCUAUAGAAACAAUAACCCUCAUGCAUACCCGUGAUAAAUCUUGGAAACUCUACCUAAAAGACAAAACCUUUACCUCCCUUGCAAAAUUCAAACAACUUCGUAAUACAGUUAAAAAAUUAAUCACCUCUGAUCACAAAUCCUACUACUCUAAGUUUGAAAACAACUACAAGUCGAACCCCAAGAAAUUCUGGAGUGGUAUCUCAUCCCUCCUUAGUCCCGGCAAAAAAGUCAACCCCUGCCCAGACCCCAGCUCCCCUGAUCAUAUCAUAGCUUCCAAUUUUAAUACCUUCUUCAUAGACUUUAUAGCCAAGCUCACCUCUUCCUUCAAUAACAACUCACUACCUCCUCUCACUUCUCUUAUGCAGAGUUCUUCUCCUUCUGUCUCCAGUAAAAACCACCCUCCUCCUUCUUCCUUCAAACCAAUCACUGUCAAUACUAUAAGAAAACUUCUCCUAAAACUAAAACCUUGCACCAGUACCACUGACAACCUACCAUCUAACUUCCUUAGGCUAGCUGCUGAUGGCAUAGUUCUCCCCAUCUGUAUUCUAAUCAGUCGUUCUGUACAAAAUCCUAUGUACCUCUCCUCUGGAAACAAGACUUCAUUAUUCCUCUACACAAAGGGGGCAACAAUACACAAAUAUCCAACUUUCAUCCCAUAGCAAUUCUUUCCCCUAUCUCCAAAAUUUUUGAAAACUGUAUCCACCUGCAGCUAUUACUUUAUUUCUUAGACAACAAUCUACUAACUCCAACACAGCAUGGUUUCAGACCUGGACACAGUACUACCACAGCCCUUCUAUCCUUCCUCAAUAACAUCAACCAAGCUUGCGACUCAGGAAAUAUUGUAGCCACCCUUCUCCUCGACCUUUCAAAGACAUUCAACACUAUUUCCCAUAGCCUGCUUUUCUCUAAACUCUCGCAACUCAAUCUGUCCUCCUCUUCCAUCAGUUGAUUCUCCAAUUACCUUUCAAAUAGGCAGCAAGCCAUAAAGUGGAAUAACUGCAGUUCUCCUUACCCUGACACUCUAACAGGUGUCCCCCAAGGCUCUACCCUGGGACCUUUAUUAUUUAACAUUUUCAUUAACGACUUUCAGCUUUGUAUCCCAAACACUAAACUAGUCCAAUAUGCAGAUGAUUCUACUAUCAUCUGCUCAGCUGACUGUCUCUCCAAACUCUUGCAUGCAACUCAAGUCACCUUCAACAACACUGAGACAUGGAUGCUUAAUAACCACCUUGCUCUUAAUGCAGCUAAAACAAAAAUUAUCAUCUUUACCCCAUCUAAGAAUACCAAAUUAGACAAACACUCCUUCUCCAUACUAAACCAAAACAUGACCCCUGUUGAAGUAGUCCCCUACACUAAGCUCCUUGGUGUUCACAUCGAUGAACAACUAAAUUUUGACAUUUAUCUUCAAACCAACAUAAAGAAACCCACCAGAAGCUCAGAAUUCUCUAUCGUCAUAAUCACUUCCUAACCCCAUUCAUCCAAGCUUGGUCUCUCUAACACCUACAUCCUUCCUUCCCUCACCUACGGUGCACCUAUCCUUACCAAUCUACAAGACACACUUAAGGCUAAACUGGCUUCCAGUUACAAUAAAAUCACCAAGUUUGCCACCAGUUCCAAAUCCUCUUCUCACCAUUGUGUCGCUUUACAGUCCCUGAAUUGGCUAGAACUCCCCAUCUAUCUCCUGUACAUUCAGCUUCCUAUUAUCCACAAGCUUAUCUUUAAGCCAGCACAAUGCCCCUCUCUCACAUCCAUCCUUCCCUUACAUCUCCCUGAUCGACCCCUUAGGUCCAACAAUCAGAAUCUCCUCAAGGUUUCCAAACCCAUACAUACUCCUGGACAACUACUACUGUCAUUUUCCCUAGUACGUAAAUGGAAUUCACUUCCUCCCCAUAUCUGAACCACCCAGAACCUCUCCUCUUUCAAGACUGUACUCCACUCACAUAUCUCCUCUACUUGGGAAUGCUCCUGCUUCCACCCCUCUUAAUCUAUAAUCCCUAAUACUUCUUAUGGUUUCUAAUCCACCCAUAAUUGUAUUCUCACCAUCUCAGGUUGUUCAGAACCUCUUAUCAUUGCAAACUAUAAUGAUACUGCUUAUGAUACUUAAACUUGAAUGAUUUUGUAAAUAACAGACUACACUAAUAGAGCAGGGAUUUCCAACACAUUUUACAACAUCUGAUGAUCCUGCUUAUACAAUCACUCUGUAUAAUUCUAUACCACCUCACAGUGAUUUUUAUUGACUUGUAUUAACUUUUGUUUGUGUAAUUCUAUUGAUUUUAUUAAUGAUAUUAAUUCUUGCUGUACCUUUUAUGUCUGUACAUGGAGCUUUUCUCCCCAGGCCUCCAUUGAAAAAGGGCUCAUUUCGGCCCAAUGGACUCUCCUGGUUAACAAA